AUGGGUCCUGAACUGUGUGACAUGUGGACUUCAAUAGAUGUCCUGUGCUGUACAGCAUCUAUAUUACAUCUUGUUGCCAUAGCAGUCGAUAGAUAUUGGGCAGUUACGAAUGUCGAUUACAUACACACUCGUAACAGCAAUCGUAUAAGCAUCAUGAUCGUAUUAGUGUGGCUAAUAGCUCUCGUAGUGUCUCUGGCACCACAAAUACCACAAUUUAAAGAUCCGGACUACUUACAUAGAAUAGAAAUCAAGCAACAAUGCCUGGUCAGUCAGGAUGUUAAGUACCAGAUUUUUGCCACUAGCUCAACUUUCUAUGUGCCGUUGUUGGUUAUUUUUGUGCUGUAUUGGAAAAUAUUUCAAACUGCUAGGAAACGCAUUAGAAGAAGAAGGGAAUUUAAGGGCCACAUCCUAGAAAAGAAUAUUCAAACAAGCUCUAACUUGACUCAAAAUACAACGUUUGGAAUAGAAUUAAUGAUUUGUUUGGCUAGUUGUGACCGAAAAGUAAUUGAGUCCAAUUUAAAGAAGAAACUUUCAUCCGCUAUUCACAGUUUGGACGAUUUUUUUGAGGUUGAACGCACCAACAAUAACAGCCGAGUUCCUAAAAGCUUCCUCGCCAACCGAAAAUUCCUUCGGAUGAAAAAAUCGGCCAGCAGCAAAAAGUCUUCCGCCGCCGAAGCCCUGGUCAACUCCCUGGUGAUGAUGGAAGGUCAGUCGACCACCACGAUGGACGUGGUGGAGGAGGAGAACGAACAACAGAGCAGCGUCAGCGGAGGCGGUAGCGAACAGGUGGUUGAAACGACCGCCUUUACUAUCACCAAGCCGAGCACCCAGCAGCACCAGGUUCCGAACAGCACGGUUUCGGAGGUCCCGGUUGUUUCCAAUAAUGUUUCCCCGGAAAAAUCGUCUACAGGUAUUAUUAUAAACAUACCCAAACCGAAUUGUGACCUUACAAAAGCAAACAACUUUUCGCCUAUUAAUCUUCUCCCAGAAAAAAUAUUCAAAUUAAGGCUAUCAGAAGAACUUGAAGACGAGAUUCCACUUCAUAAAUUCGGCUUUGGACCAAAUUCUUCCACAAUCCAUCUAAUGCUUAUUCUCACUUCCAAAGUUCAAACCAACAGCUUAAAAGGAUACAAAUCAGUUGCACUUUUUAUUGACCUUAGCAAAGCAUUUGAUAGUGUUUGGCAUGCCGAUCUAUUAUACAAACUAAACACCCUAAAUUGUCCAAAAUACAUUCACAUUAUAAAUGACUUUCUAAAAAAUAGACCAACUCUCCCCACAGGCACGACAAAUAACGGCUCCGCCAGCCACCAGAGCCACAUCAGCGACAUCAGCCGCGUUGAGAUGCUCGCCAAGGAAAUCCCGCCGUGUCCCGCAUCAGUGGACAAACUCAUUCCUUCAAGGCGCGAGAAAAAAGAGAGCCUGGAAGCCAAACGCGAACGCAAGGCGGCCAAAACUUUAGCCAUAAUAACAGGCGCGUUCGUGAUGUGCUGGCUUCCGUUUUUCAUACUCGCGUUGGUAAUGCCUCUGUGCGGAGAAGCGUGCGCAAUAAGUGAUUUUAUCAUGAGCUUUGCGCUUUGGUUGGGGUACUUUAAUUCAACGUUAAAUCCAGUUAUUUACACGAUUUUCAAUCCCGAGUUCAGACAGGCUUUCAAGAGGAUGUUGUGCGGUGGAGCGAGACACCCUAGAAACUAUAGGUCAGGUAAACUUAGAUAA